AUGGCCUCCUCGUCGGAGAACACCGGCAUGCCGCUAGAGGAGGAGCAGCCCCAGGCCCCGUCGAUGCCGAACCUGGAGCCUACCGAGGCGGCGGCGCCCGGCGAGGCGGAGGAGGACCCGCAAACCCUAGAGAGGGCGCAGGAGCUCUUCAACAAGGGCGCCAAGGCCAUCGAGGAUGAGGACUUCGUCGAAGCCGUAGACUACCUCAGCCAAGCGCUCGAGAUCAGGUUAGGGUUUCCUUUCCUACUCCAAUUUCCCCUCCACUUCUGCGACAUGUAG